AAACUGCAAGACCGCUUUGACACACAAAGCCGUACCACAGCAAGUUUAGAGGAACGUUGCGCUUCGUUAAAAUCUACUAUAGAACAAUUGAAACUAUCAUUAGAAAAAGCAUCGGCUACGGAAAGCGAACUUAAGAGUGAAAUAAAUUUGUUACGACACAACGUAAUGGAGAUCACUACUUCCUCUCAAAGUAACAAUGAAAAACUCAAGCAGCUGCAGAAACAACUCUCGAAUGCCGAGAACGAGCUAGCUAAUAAUGAGGUACAGCGAUCAGCUUUAGAAUCGCAAUUAAGAUUGUCUACAUGGCCACCAGAAGACGGCGCGGCUAAAGACGAAGAACUAUUGCGUCAAUUGCAAACUGUUCAAAGAGAAAGAAGCGAAAUGAGGGGAAAAGUAGCUGCUCUCAACGACAAGGUAAGAUGUUUUGUAGACAAAUGUUGUAAGCGCGUAUGUUCAUAA